GCCGGCCAUGAGCUGCAUUGGAAGUCGUCCAGACGUUGCAGCAUCUCCCCUUGACAGCAAACACCUCUGAGGACACAGACGACCAGAAGCACAGCAAUCAUGUCGCUCUCAUACGAUCAUACAGAGUUGCGCAAUGAGCGGCCUGCUCAUCGACCAUCGAGAGCGUCCCCAUCAUUCCAGACUUACGAUCUGCUAUGUGUGGGAUUUGGCCCAACUUCUCUUGCUGUUGCUGCUUCGCUGGCGGAUGCCAGAACACAGGCACAAAUCUUGUUCGUAGAACGGGAGAGCCACUUCAAUUGGACACCGGAGCAUGUAUUGCCAGACAAAUCCAUCGGAUCCAGCUUCCUGCACGAUCUGACCACGUUGGAAAACCCGCGCUCUGAAUUCACCUUCGUCAACUUUCUCCAGGCUACGGAUCAGCUCAUGCAUUUCACGAACAACUCGAAAAUGGUUCCCAGUAGGCGACUAGUUGCCGCAUACUUCAAAUGGGCAGCGGAGCGAGUGAAUCAACGCGGCUGGAUCCAAUACAGCAAAGAAGCAUCAAACAUCAAGCCUGUGAAGGUUGAUGCACUAAACCGGGUGACGCGAUGGGAGGCGGAAGUCAUCGACGUCGAGUCUGGCGCAAAGUCGACAGUCCAAGCGAAGCGAGUCGUGCUUGCUACAGUUGCUGAACCGCAUCUGGUUUCCCCGCUACGAAGUCCACAACUCCAGCACCUGAUCUUGCAUUCGAGCUCUUGUGCCGAAUUCCUGCAGAAGUUGCCCAGUCUUCAGAAGACCAUCAAUAUAGCAGUAGUCGGAGCUGAUCAGGAAGCGGCCGAGAUCUUCAGCCACCUACACACCUCACGAGGCAAGCAUACUGCGACUCUGAUCCAUGCAGAUUCUGCUCUGCGUCCAAAGGACAACAGUCCACGGAUUUCCGAUAUCACCACCGACCCGAGCCAAUUGAUGCAGACUCCGCCGGAGGUCCGACUGAGGUUACAGAACGCGGAGGCACAUAGCUCUCCACGCGUAGACCUGCAAACACUUGAAAGCUUGUACGAGGCGCAAUACACCCAAAGGCUCCAAGAACCAGAUGCGAGGAAAUGGCGCUUCCGCAUGCAACCACUGAGUGAGGUGGUCGGGGCGAAGCGCGAUGAAGACCGGGUGCGUUUGGUGACCAGGAAUAACAGGACUAGUGAAGUGACCACUGGUCCUGCGUUCGACCUGGUCAUCUCUGCGAGUGGCUAUGAGCGCUCUCGGGAUGCUAAGCUGCUGUCCGCUGUCUCGCCGCUGUACGACACUGGCGCCUUGACGGUAGACAAGGAGUAUAGGGUCAACUUCCGGCGCGAUACUGUAGACCGGGCAUGCGGCAUAUGGGUACUUGGAACGCUGGAAGAUCCGAAAGAACGCGUUGACGAUUUCGCUUUCACGGCGGAGCGAGGGGCCAGGGCGGCGCGGAGUAUACGCGCCUCUCUACGCCAGAAGUCGGACGAGCACUUUGCGGAGUCUGCAUUGUUGUAG